AUGUCCCCAAUUGCGUGGAGAGAGGACGCCCCGCCUAAGAGGUACGAUCAUGUCAUCGACCUCCCAGAGACCGCCCCGGUCACGUCCGUGCCCAAUGCGUGGAGAGUGGCACAACAAUGGCUCAAUAGCCUGGAAGCUGUCUUUUCAUCCGGAGAUUUCUCUAACCUUGGAGAUCUCUUCAAUGAAGAUUCCUGGUGGCGCGAUAUCAUUGCGCUACAAUGGGACUUCCGCACCAUUCACGGGCGUGAAGCAAUCCAGAACUUCUUGUCACAAAACAAGGAAUCAGGACCCCUAUCAAACUUCCGUCUACAUGAGACUGGGAAGUUCCAGCCGCGACUUGAAAUGGUCAACGAGAAGACAGGGCUGGCGUGGAUCUCGUCGUUAUUCCACUUUGAAUCUCCAAUUGGUACCGGGUCCGGUGUCUUGCGAUUGACUCAGGAGCGCCCUGGAGUCUGGAAGGCUUUCGCUGUGUACACUACCCUGCAAACACUGAAAGCCCAUGAUGAGCCGUUGGUGGAGAAGCGCUGGUAUGGAACGAUUGAUUCCAUGCCGGGGGGUCUGUCGAAGGGAACAUGGAGCGAGCGCCGGAAGCGGCAGGUUGAUUUCCUUGACGAGGAUCCCCAAGUGCUUGUUGUUGGAGCUGGCCAAUCUGGUUUGAACGUUGCCGCUCGCCUUCAAUCACUGGGACUCUCGGUUCUGAUUAUCGACAAAAACAACCGGGUCGGGGACAAUUGGAGAAACAGAUACAGGACCCUCGUUACACACGAUCCAGCAGAGUUCACACACAUGGCUUAUCUCCCAUUCCCCAAGAACUGGCCGCAAUUCACCCCUAAAGACAAGCUGGGUGAUUGGUUUGAGGCCUAUGUUUCUUUGAUGGAGCUCAAUGUCUGGACUAAGACGACCUUGGCCAAUGCCAGCUUCGACGAUGAGAAGGCACAGUGGAGCGUGGAUAUCAUCCGAGAUGGUACUGAACGAACAAUCCAGCCAAAGCAUGUCAUUCUCUGCACUGGCCAUGCCGGAGAACCAUUGGUCCCUUCCUUCCCAGGACAAGCAGAGUUCAAAGGCCAGGUAUACCAUGGCAGUCAGCAUGCUGAGGCGUCAGAGUCAAAAGUCAAGGGCAAGAAGGUCAUCGUUGUUGGAACAGGAAACAGUGGCCACGAUAUUGCCGAAGAUUAUCACUACGCUGGCGCCGAGGUGACCAUGCUUCAGCGAAGCGGAACAUAUGUUUUGUCCCUAGACAGGGGUGUAUUUUUGCUCCACGAGGGAAUGCACGAAGAUAACGGACCACCAACGGACGAGUGUGAUGUUGUCGGCGAGAGUUUGCCCUUCCCUGUCCAGUUUGCCCUCAACAAAGAAGGGCGAAAACGCAUCUCCGAGGCCGACAAAGAGACCAUCGAGGGUCUCGAGCGUGCUGGGUUCAAGCUCGACUAUGCCAUUGAUGGUUCCGGGAUUGCGCGACUCUACUACACACGCGGUGGUGGAUACUAUAUUGAUGUCGGAUGCAGCAAGCUCAUUAUCGACGGCAAGAUCAAGGUUCACCAAAGUCCUGGUGGAAUCUCUGGGUUUACUCCUGAUGCACUUGUUCUCAAAGAUGGCACUGAGCUCAAGGCUGAUAUCGUAGUCUUGGCUACUGGUUACGACAACAUGAAGACCACGGCGGAAAAGAUUAUGGGUAGCAAGGUUGCAUCGCGGCUGAAGGAUGUGUGGGAUCUCGAUGAAGAGGGUGAACUGAAUGCCAUGUGGCGACCAAGUGGCCAUCCUAAUUUCUGGUAUAUGGGCGGGAACCUUGCGAUUUGCCGCAUCUACUCCAAGUAUCUCGCAUUGCAGAUCAAGGCGGCCGAAGAAGGAUUGAGCCGCAACCCAAAUAAAGUUUGA